GGGAUAUGUUGUCAAAUGGCGCUCUCUUCGAAGGGAUACAGAAUUUUGAUGUCAGCCAUGUGACUAAUGAAGUUCAAGGUUGUUGAGAGAGGUCAAGGUACAAGAUGAGUACAGACCGAAGUGCCCUGAAUCCUGGUCUGAGUAUGAUGAACUUUGAUGGCCUUGACCUUCAGAGUCAGCAGGAAAAGGAGCUUCAGAGGGAAAACGAACAGCAACAAAAUGAGCUGAAAGCUUUGCUGAAGGAUGCGUUUGAUGAUUUAAUUGAUGAGGAUGAUGAGUUUUCUGUGACGUCAGAUGAGGGCGGAGACUCACGCAAUCACAGCCUCCACUUCAGAUCCAAGGAAGAUACAGAGCCCAUUGUGGAGGAGGAUGAAGAACCCUCUGCCAUGGUGUUUCCCAGGGAAGGAUGGAACAGGAGAACGUUCCCCCUCCCCACCUCCACCCCCCUGGGAGGCCUACCAACCAUAGCUCAGAGUCCAUACGGCUCGAUGUCCUCACUGAGACAAUCUCAGGAAAGCCUUAGGGCGUCUCAAGAGCUGCUGAGAUCAUCUCAAGAGGGACUUUUAAGAAGAUCCCAUGAGGGUUUGUUAGAGAGUGAUGGUUACCAUAGUAACAGUGAACAAAGCAGCACCAAAUCAUCCAAUCACCAUCAUCGACCUCAACGACAUCAUCACCAUCAGUUUCACCAGGUUCCUGAUUGGUCCAAUCAAAACGUCUUCUCACAUCAGGGUCAGCCAAAUGUUUAUGACCCCUCUCACCAUGGUAACACAUACAUACCGCAUCAUGUGACUUCGGAGGACCAUUUUAGGUAUGGGGAAAUUCCAGAGAGACAGGAAGCAGAGGGUGGGACAGAUGAACAUUCAGAUGUUGGGGGUCUGCCUGGGCAUUACCAUUAUCAUCAUCUUCAUCAUUAUAUUGGCUAUUACAGUGACAGACAGGAGGAAGAUGAGCAUCCAAGGGCAGACAACCCAUACAAGCCCUACUCAGACACACCCCAUUCUCAAGCAUACCAACACACUUUACAGUCAGACCAAGGUUAUGUCACAAAUUCUACCUCAGUUUCACAUGGGCAUCCUGUUCAUGCUACCCCAGUCUCAACAGGGCAUCCUGUUCAUUCUUCACAAGAAUAUCCUGUUCAUGACAAUGCUCCAGAUAAGGAUUUCAAAGGAGAAUACCAGGUUACUUACAAACUUAGAGAAGACCGAGAAGAAAGCGAAAGUGAAGAGGAAGUGCCAGAGGUCAAAGAGAAAAGACAAAAACUAGAAGAGGUUCAUGAAAAUACUGGACCAGCUGGUGCUUUUGACAACAGACAGUUUGCUCAGCUUCAGAUCCUGUAUAAAGCCCGAGGCAGCAAACUCGAGGAGAUCACCCGAGACUUUGAACAGUACAAGCAAGAGACAAGCAGGGAGAUCAGGAUAUACAAACAUCAAAUCUCUCUGGCCAAAGGUGAGAAGGAGGGAACCUCCACCAGUCUCAAACAAUGUCAGGAUCUUCUGAUGGAAGCCAAGACAGAGAACGCCCAGCUGAAGGGGAAACUCCAGGCUACCGAGAGUCAAGUGGAGGCCCUACAAAGGGGGAAAGAGGAGGCAGUAAAAAGCCUGCAGACUGCUGAGUCCACAAUAGAGACUUUGAACCAACAGCUCGCUGAGAUGGGGGCUUCAGACAGUCUCAACAGAGCUCGAGUUGAACAUGAGCGAGUUUUGUCAGGAGUUCAGCAGAAACAUGACAAGGAAGUCAAAGUGCUCAAAGAGAAGAUAGAAGAUCUCACAGAUAAACUCAAUGAUUCGAAUGCAGAGAACUCAACUUUGAGACAGAAACUGAAUGAGAGUUAUAAAGAAGCAGAGAACUCGCAGAUCUCACGAGCUGAGACCAUCAAUCGUCUGACUCACAGCCUGGAAGAUUCCCAGAAACAAUGCAGGAUGCUGCUAGAGUCAGCCUCCUCACAUGAAGCAAGUCAAUUGAAGAUCCAGCUACAGCAAUGUACAGCAUCUAAAAAAAUUGCUGAUGAAAUGAUUCUCUCUUACCAGGAGGAGGUUAAGGACUUGAAAGAGCAGUUGAACAUGUUUGAGGCGGCGUCUUGUCUGGGCGUGCUCAGUCAGGAGACCACAAGGGAGACAAUUCAUGACGACUCUAUGAUGGACCUUGGAAUCAAGAAAACUAUUGACUUUGAUGAAACUCCAGAACCUAUUAAAUUCAGUUCUGUGCCAAAAGGAGCAGAGUCUCAAGAUCUGGUGACCAAUCUAAAAAUAGAACUUGAAAGAUGUCUUCUUAGCAACAAGGAAAAGAGAAUCCAAGUGACCAAACUGCAGGAGGAACUAAGGACUUGUAAGAAGGAUCUAGAGGAGUUCCGAAUGCGCUGCGAAAGAGCCGAGAAAUCAGAAAAAGAUUUGAAGUCCAAGCUCCAGGAGUGGGAGGAGUUAGUGAGGUCUGAUGACAAAGUGUCAGCUGUGGAGGCCCGCCUACAGAAGGACAUCAAGAACCUCAAACAGGAGAAAGAGGUCCUCAGUGAAGAUGUAGAGGACUUGAAGAAGAGGUUGGAGGAGGUGGCGUCUAGUGAGGAGAAGUUGUCGGAGAUAAACCAGCAGUUAACUCAGCAGAUGUCUCAGAUGGUCCGCGAGUACGACCAGGACAAACGCGAGGCGCUCGAUCGGUGUCAGCGAGCCUGCGAGUCCGUACACGAGACAGCCAAGGAACAGCUGAGACUUCACAUGAUUGACGAGUUUACGGCAGAGAAGACCGGUCUGAUCACCAAGUAUGAGAGGGAAUGCACACAGCUAAGAAAUGAUUUGAAUUCAGCCUUACAUGAAGUGGAUCAGGUCAAACAAUUGUAUGUCAAGGUGUGUUCUGAGAAGGACCUUUUGGAGGAGAAGAUGAAGAAGGAAAAUGAAACUGAAACCUUCCAGAAAUUACAAGAGUUGAGAGCAGAACUGAUCAGUGAGAAAGAUCAGGCUGUGGAGAAAGUGAAGGAAGAAAUGGCAGCAGACAAGGAGAAAAUCAGGUCAGAGGUCACCGAGUCACUAAAGAAGAAAACAGAAGAGGACAUCCAGAAAUUACUGGAAACCAAGAUUGCUAUGUGUAAGAUGGAGUGGUUUGAGGAGCAGCGGUCCUCUAAACAGGCGGCAGUGGACAAUGCGGUCAAACUGACGGAGGCCGAGUGGAGGGCGAAGUUAGAGACGGCUGUGGACACAGAGGUGGAGUCCAGGCUCCAGGAAG